GGAAGCACGUGUAUUCGUGUGUGUCUGGAUUCAUGGGGAAACACAGAUCUCUAACACACAACAACAGCGCGAUGUCAGCGGACCACAUACGCAGAAACGUCGUUUUUAUAUUUCGCGGACUCCGUAACGUCUGGAAUACACUGUAAUACUCUCACGACGCGUGAAAGCAGACGAGCUCAAGAGAAAACGCCACAGCGAGAUCUGCGAGCUGUCUUUCGAGAAGAGAUAGAGUACCACAGAGGGCAAAGAGAAGGAGACAGAACGGCCAGACCCCAACAAGAAGCCUAAUUUCCCAGUGGCUGUUUUUUACCCUUUUUUUUUUUCGCACUGUCACACUCCAUCUGCCUCCGUAGCAGCAGCCAAGUCUGUUUCGUAACAACCAGCCGUGUCUGUUUUUCUGAGCAGAACAACGAUUUCAGUACUUGCGCUACUUGAUUUGAGGUUCUAGAGGAGCUGAGACAAAGGACAGGGUGGCGAGACACCCAGAAACACCAUGAUUUUUGUUUACGGGCAAAAUCAGUGAAGAAUAUUUGCACCAAAAUGAUUUCCCACUGUAGCUCAAGCAGUCCAACAUAGUGAACUCAUUCAACUCUGUGUAAUCUAUUGUCAGGUGAAUCCUAUCACCUCGGCAACUGCUUAUUUUUACAGUAUUAUUAUGAGGGAUGACAACUCAGACUCGGCCCCCAGCAAUGAUACAGAUAGAGGAGCAGGAGGGGUCGAGAAGAAGGCAGGGCUUGUAAACCGAUCCUGCGGCAUGAGCGAGGGUUCUCUCUUAUCGAAUCCGGUGAAUAGCGGGACAGGAUCAUCUCCAGGAGGGGCAUCAGAUCCCAAAGGGUCCUCGGGUGAUAACCGAGGCACAAAUUCUGACGAUACGGAUGGACUAUCGAGUGGAAAUGACUCUGGGGAGAGGGAAAGUGAAGGAGGGAUGGAGAGAGGGAAUGGAUCCAGAGGGAGACAGUCAAACAGAAGUUAUCAGAGUUCCUCCAGUCAGAAUGGAAAAGACUCCGGGAUGUGUCUGGAGACUACGGAGAGCAACAAGAGCUCAAACUCUCACAGCCCCUCUCCACCCAGCAGCUCUCUGGCUUAUAGCCUGUUGAGCACCAGCUCUGAACAAGACCCGCCAUCCACCAGCGGCUGCAGCAGUAAUCAGUCCGCUCGCAUCCAGACUCAGAAAGAGCUGAUGAGAGCCCUGAAUGAGCUGAAGAUUCGUCUGCCACCGGAGAGAAAAAUGAAGGGACGCUCCAGCACUCUUAACGCCCUCAAAUACGCCCUCAGCUGUGUCAGACAAGUCAGGGCCAAUCAGGAGUAUUAUCAUCAGUGGAAUGUUGAAGAGUGCCAUGGCUGUAGUCUGGAUCUCUCCACCUUCACUGUGGAAGAACUGGAUAAUAUCACCUCCGAAUACACGCUCAAAAACACAGACACUUUCUCAAUGGCAGUUUCGUUCCUGUCAGGGAAGGUUGUGUACAUAUCCCCGCAGGGUUCCUCUCUUCUGCGCAGUAAGCCAGAAAAGCUUCAUGGGGUUUUGUUUUCUGAGCUUUUGGCCCCCCAGGAUGUGAGCACCUUCUACAGCAACACAGCACCCUGCAAACUACCUCCUUGGGCCUCUUGCAUCGGCUCUGUCUCUCCACCUGUGGACUGCACCCAAGAGAAGUCCAUGUUUUGUCGAAUCAGUGGAGACAUUUCAACCAGUGGCGAUGUGAGGUACUACCCGUUCAGACUGACCCCCUACCUGCUCACGCUCCAAGACUCUGACGCAGCUUACCCUCAACCCUGCUGUUUGCUCAUCGCAGAGAGAGUACACUCGGGAUAUGAAGCCCCUCGCAUUCCUCCAGAUAAGAGGAUAUUCACCACCAGCCACACUCCCAGCUGUCUCUUUCAAGAGGUGGAUGAGCGGGCAGUUCCUCUGUUGGGAUACCUGCCUCAGGACCUGGUGGGAACCCCAGUCCUGCUGUACAUCCAUCCAGAUGACAGACCCAUUAUGGUGGCCAUCCAUAAGAAAAUUCUUCAGUUUGCAGGGCAGCCAUUCGAUCACGCUCCCUUACGGAUGUGCACACAUAAUGGAGAGUAUCUCACCAUCGACACCUCUUGGUCCUCCUUCAUUAACCCCUGGAGCAGGAAAGUGGCCUUCAUUGUUGGCCGCCACAAAGUCAGAACCUCUCCAUUGAACGAGGACGUUUUUACCCUGCCAAGGGGUCUGGAGGAGCGGACCCUGUCCCCGGACAUCGUUCAGCUCAGUGAGCAGAUCCACAGGCUCCUGGUGCAGCCCGUCCACAGCGGCAGCUCUCAAGGCUACGGCAGCCUGGCCAGCAACGGAUCCCACGAGCACCAGCCCAGCGCCGCCUCUUCAUCAGACAGCAGUGGACCGGUUCUGGAGGACCCCUCGCAACUCCACAAACCCAUGACCUUCCAGCAAAUCUGCAAAGACGUUCACAUGGUGAAGACCAGCGGGCAACAAGUGUUCAUUGAAUCCCGGAAUCGACCUCCUCCUAAAAAACAUUCCACCGCAGGUGCUGUGCAAGCAGCUGAAGCAGCAGAGCCGGGCCGUUGUCUCGGUCCUAGUGCUGCUCCCUCUAAGAGCUCUGCACCCUCCAUGAUUGUGCAGAAGGAGCCGCCCACCACCUACUCUUAUCAGCAAAUCAACUGCUUGGAUAGCAUCAUAAGGUAUCUGGAGAGCUGUAACGUCCCAAAUACAGUAAAGAGGAAGUGUGGCUCUUCCUCCUGCACUGCCUCUUCCACCUCUGAUGAUGACAAACAGCAGGACGCUCCAGGCAAUGCUAAAGGUCCGUCCGUGUCUCUGGUAGAGGAGAGUACAUUGUUACCCCCAAUGGCCAUGCACAGUAAAGCUGAAAGUGUAGCCUCGGUCACCUCUCAAUGCAGUUUCAGCAGCACCAUCGUCCAUGUGGGGGACAAGAAACCUCCUGAGUCAGAUAUCAUAAUGGAGGAAGCUCCGCCUACUCCGAUUGCUGCUCCUCCUGCCGCUCAACCCCAGGUUCCUCCCACGACGAUGCCCUCUCUGCCCCCUAGCCCUGCUCUUGAUAGAGAUGCAGGGAGAAGAGGAGGAACAGGGGUAGCUGGAGGAGAAAGGUUGGGUCUCACAAAAGAGGUUCUGUCGGCUCACACACAGCAAGAGGAGCAGAACUUCAUGUGCCGCUUCAGAGACUUGAGCAAACUUAGAGUGUUUGACCCGACAUCAGCUGUGCGCCGGCGAGCAACCGCACCUUUAGCAAGAGGUGUGCGCUGCUCUCGUGAUUACCCAGCAGCAGGCAGUAGUGGGCGUAGACGCGGUCGAGGAGGCAAAAGACUGAAGCACCAAGAAACAACAGAGCAGACAGGGUCUCGUAGCCCAGCCGGCCCACUAAGAGGGGUUCCCGCACUGGACAGGCCUUCUAAUUCUUCUAUACCAAUGGGUCCUGCAGCCAGCUCCUCCUCUUGGCCCACCUCAGGGUCACAAGCUAGCGUUCCCUCUGUCCCGUACCCCCCUAGCAUCCUUCCUUUAUAUCCUGUCUAUCCUCCUCUUUCCCAUCAUGUCCCAGACCCCAACAUACAGACGGGGCUACGCUUCCCCCUUCAGAACUCACAGAUGGCACCUCCCAUGGUCCACCCGAUGAUGGCCUUGGUAUUACCCAACUACAUGUUCCCACAGCCCAACAUGGGCAUGCCUCAGCCCUUCUACAGCGCAAACUCGGCUUUCCCUUUCGCUGCUGUCAACACAGCGUCCCCUGCGCCCUGUCAGGUCCCGACCCCCGUCCCACGUGCCCACUCUCGCUCCAGCACCCCUCAAUCCUACAGCCAAAGAGAGGCCCCUGAGAGAGAAGGAGCAGAGUCUCCACUCUUUCAGUCUAGAUGCUCCUCGCCCUUGAAUCUGCUGCAGCUGGAAGAGUCUCCAAGCAAUCGGUUUGAGGUGACAUCAGGGCAACAGACCACGUCUCCCAUGGUGGGACAAGGAGGUGGAGCUGGAGGACAGGCCUCCUCCAAUCAGAGAGGUUCAGCGGUGGACUCAAAAGAGAACGAAAAUGGUGAAACAAAUGAGUCCAAUCAAGACGCCAUGUCCACCUCCAGUGAUCUGCUAGACCUGCUGUUACAGGAGGACUCUCGCUCAGGCACCGGCUCAGCCGCCUCAGGCUCUGGCUCAUCAGGCACAGGCUCUUCUGGGUCGGGCUCUGGGUCUUCUGGAUCUGGGUCCAACGGCUGCAGCUCAUCAGGAAGCGGAACUAGAAGCAGUCAGAGCAGCCACACAAGCAAGUACUUCGGCAGCGUGGACUCAUCAGAGAACAGCCACUCUCGCAAGCAGACAGCAGGGGGUGACGGAGAGGCACAGUUCAUCAAAUGCGUCCUACAAGACCCCAUCUGGCUUCUCAUGGCCAAUACGGACGAAAAGACUAUGAUGACCUACCAGCUGCCCAUCCGAGACAGAGAUUCUGUGUUGAAAGAGGACCGCGCUGCUCUGAGAGCCAUGCAGAAACAGCAGCCUCGCUUCACCGAGGAGCAGAAGAGCGAGCUGAGCCAGGUUCACCCUUGGAUCCGUACUGGACGCCUGCCUCGUGCCAUCAACAUUUCUGCAUGUGUGGGCUGUAGGCCCUCUCCCUCGGUCCCGUCUGCGGCCCCCUUCGACGUGGAGAUCCACGAGAUGGAGUUCUGCAGCGUUUUAGAGGUGACAGAAGAGGGCGCCGCUGCUGAGAAACACACCCGGGCAGACGCAGCCAUGGAGAAGAGCGAGGCCGAAGGACAAGACGAGACUUGCAAAGACAGAGAAGUUGAGAACGAUGGGACUAAUUUGUCAUCACAAAUCAACGACCAAGAAAUGAUGAUGGAAGAACAGGAAGUGGCCUCCCAGAUCGAGGAGGAAAUGGGUGCCUCAAUUACACAGAUGACACACUAAAGACACAAUGAGUCUGACGACAUGUUUUGUGUACUCAUUAAAUUAUACAGUUGUAUUUAUUUCUAUAAAUAAAUGCUAAUUAGCCGGGAAGGCUGACAGAUGAUGAAUGUAAAGCAGAAAUGCUUUGUUGAGAGACUGUGAUUAUCAAAAUCUCUGGAUAUUUUGGUAUGAUCUGUUAGAGGGACGUAAAGGGUAUGUAGCUUUAGAGCGCUCUGGAUUCGACUCGCCACCGUGACGCCACCUGUUCAAUUCCAGUUCUAGUCACCUGCAGAAACCCAUUUUUGUGACGUGCUAAACAACUAUUUCAAAUGUUGAAGAAUGGGUUAAGAGCUCUUCACACCAAGGACGAUAACUGUAACCAUGACCGUAACUAUAAAGCUUUAAUCGUCUACUCGUGAAAAAGAAUAGGGAGGUCCACAGUGCAGCUAAUGACUUUUUUCCCAGAUUAUCAGUCUUUAAAGAGCUCGAUCAUUAAACGCAGCCAAUGACAGCUCACGCUUAUAAAUAAACAACAUUAUCCUCCCUUGGUGUGGCGUUAAUAUAGCUACGGUUACAGUUAUCGUUAUCGGUAUGGACGGAGCUUUAAUCUCUGUGGUGUUACGUUGAUUUAGGUGUUGUAAGAUGUGCGUUUAGACAGGAGAACAGAUUCACUGCCUUUUGAGGACAGUCUAACUGUUUCUCACCUUGUGCUUUUGGACAUUUCCCAAAUGCUCCGGAAAUGUUAUAAUUUUUUUACAGGUAUAUAUACAAAGUAGGAGUUUUUGACCAAAUUUACACAUACAACACGUUUUUUUUGUUUUCGAUUAUGUAUAUUUUUUUAUACAUUAUUGGUGCAAAAUUGUUCAUUGUUAAAGCUUGGAUGAACUCUGUGAUACGCAUUGCAGCUCCACAGAGAGUCUCGGCGGUCUGUUACAGUUCACUUUCACCAUUUAGAUGUCAGUACAGUAACCAUGCCAACCGUGAACUUUCAAAGCUCAAGGCAUCUUCUCGUAGAGUAGCACUUAGCGAAGGGAAGCUACAGAGGUCACGGGCGGGAAAAAGCCGCCGCCUAUUACUGGGUGGAAAGCGUGGAGGCUUUUAAUGGUCUGUAUGUGAACUCUACCGUCAAAAGACAGAGGUUUGAAAGGGUAGUUCACCCAAAAUAGUUCGCAGUCGUCUUUUAUGUUCUACAGAGUCAUACAGGUUAGAAAACAAAAAACGCGAUACUGAACAAAUUCUGACUAUUUAUUAUUUUGGGCGAACUAACACUUCGACGGAAAAAGCGUUGUAGGCAUUCUCCUCUCGUUUUACCUUUUCUCUGUCAGCUUCGGUCACGUGCUCUUUGACUUCAAGUUGUCCUGGAACAGUUUGUAAGUAUUUUGUGUAUUUCUUUAUAUAUGAAAAAGAAUAAAAAGAUUAUGGUUCA